AUGGCUUAUUGUGGACCAUCCUUUGCAGUUCCCUCUUGUGCCUCCGCUCCAGCCGUUGGCUUUGGAUCUGCAGGUCUCGGCUAUGGUGCAGGUCUCGGCUAUGGUGGCCUCCACUCUGGCACAUUAGUCGGAGCUGGGUCUCCAUCCUUUGCAGUCCCCUCCAUAGCCUCUGCUCCAGCCGUCGGCUUUGGAUCAGCAAGUUUUGGCCAUAACAUCGGGGUACCCUCCGCUAGCCUGGGCGUUCUCUCCGGCGUCAACCCUUCCUGCAUCAACCAGAUCCCACCCGCAGAAGUUGUGAUCCAGGCACCUCCCGUGGUCAUGACCCUCCCAGGACCCAUCCUCUCUGCUACCGGGGAACCAGUGGCUGUGGGAGGCAACACUCCAUGUGCUGUUAGUUAUGGUGGUCCUGGCAGAGUGGUUUCUGGAGUUGGCUUUGGUUCUCUUGGAGGUAGUUAUGGAGGCCGUUUGGGGAGCUCCUGGGGCCGCAGAGGGAGCCUCAUCGCGGGGCGCAGAGGCAGCUUCUCCCCCUGCAAUUGA